AUGUCUCGUCUCGUAGCCCUGCUUCUAUCCCUCUGGACAGCUAUGCUGAUCCAAGCAGCGCCGAUGAACUCGCUUGACGCUGCGACCUUUUAUCAGAACGGUCUGGAUGCACAGAUGCUGAACGGAGAGUUUGCGUCUUUGAACGCAACAUCCGCCUGCAAUACGACCACGAGUGCCUGCAUAGCGGGGUCGCUCGCGCAGUGUGAGCGCGGCAGCUGGAAGAUUGAGGCAUGCCCUGCGACCGAGCAGUGUUUCGCUCUGCCUGCGCUCAGAGGAAACGGCACUGUGCUCUCCUGUACAACAGAGGAUAUCGCACUAGCCCUGAUCAACGCCACGGGCGUUGAAGGCGGGCUCGCAUCCGCGCCCAACGUCACAAGCGGUACCAACGCUACAGCGGGAGCCUCCUCAUCGGCAUCCGCCACCGCCACCGAGUCUUUGGCGGCCUCAGGCAGUUUCGUGGUCGUCACGCACACACUCACCGUGACCUCCACCGUACAACCCUCUGCGAGCUCGUCGUUCGCCACUACCGCCACGCCCGCUUCUACGUUUGCCGAGACGACGCUGCUGAAUCCCUCGCAGGCGUCGAGUCUCCUGUCCAGCCUCUCCGCGGACGGCGCGUUCUCGAUUGUGACUACUCUCUUUGGCCAACCGACGCCCACUGUUGUGGCGAAUGCGAGCGAUAGCGUGUUUCCCACCACCGCGCUCGCGGACACUUUCCUCAAUGCCAUGAGCUCCGGGACUUUGACGAGCAUUGCCCCUACUGCGACAACGAGGUGCUGA